UGGUCUUCUUCAACCGAACUUGUUUUUGGUUGAAUGGAGAAACUUGUGACUGAAGACGGAUUCGAACGUGCGCCUCCGAAACACGGUAGCAGCUCCACACCAACUCGGCCAGUCGAUCAAAAUAAAAUAGGCACAUCGUCAGCCUAUAAUUAUAGACUUCCAGAACCUCUCUAUUAUUUCAUUCGAUGUCGGAUGUCCAUUAAACAGGUCAAACUGAUGGAUGCGUUCUUUUAAAACUCUACCUAUUCUGAAAAGCCGAAAAUAGACUCGUUGUUAUUGGAUUGAAGAUAUCACGGAAAACUCCUUAAGACAAUGACGAAUUGCAAUGCUUCAUCUUGCCUGAUUUUCGGCACUGCUAACUCUUCUAUCGACGAAUCUCCUCCAUUCCUGGAUGAUGAGCGUCAUAUAAUAGUCAUUGUUGCCCAGACGUCCACGAUGGUUAUCAUUCUUCUCCUCAGCGUGGUCGGUAACAGCCUGGUCCUGACUGCGAUCUACCGGGACAUCAAGCUACGCAACACCGCCUCAGUCUACGUGGCCAACUUGGCCACUGCCGACCUCCUCAACGGGUUACUAACCAUGCCUCUCAUCGUAGCCUGCAGUGUCUUGGGGGAAUGGCCCUUCGGUCCGGCACUCUGUUCCCUCAGCGGGGCUCUGACGACCCUCUUCUGCAGUGUGAGUGUCUUUACCCUGGGAACGAUAGCCGUGGACCGCUACAUCGCCAUCGUGCAUCCGCUACGCUACAGCACGCUCAUGACGCGCCGUAAAAUCGUGGCGUCCAUCUGCGUUACGUGGCUCCAAGCUGUCAUCCUAUCCGCCUUGCCCAUGCUGGGAUGGUCCAGCUACCUGUACAUCGACAAGGAGUAUCUCUGCACGGCCGAUUGGGGAGGGGUGCUCUCCUACACCCUGACGGCCUUCGCUAUAGAUUUGGGAUUUCCUCUGACCACCAUGUUCUUCUGCUACUACCACAUUCUCAAAUCGGCGCGCAAGCAGUCGCGGCAAGUGGCCGCGCUUCGAGUAGGCCUGAACCACGACGCACAGAACCGUAGCUCGCCUCAGAGAGGCACCAGCCAACAGCCUUCGAAACGGGCGAAGUCAGACAUGAAAGCCGCUAUGACACUUCUCGCCGUCAUAGGAACGUUCCUGCUCUGUUGGCUGCCACAUGUUGUGACGAUGGUCUGUCUCGGUAGACCGUACAAUUGUAACAUCCCCGACGCAUUGUUCGUCAUCUCGACAUGGCUAGCCAUUGGUAACUCGGCCUGCAACCCCGUGAUUUAUGGCAUACUGAACAGACAGUUCAGGCAGGCAUUUCGUGAAAUCCUAUGUGGUUGGAAGGCUAGCAGAAGAAUGUUCUUUCGAGAUAAGGCGUUGGGACAUCGUCUUCAAGUUUUGAAAGUUGACAGUACCUGUGUGAUCCGUACCACAAUGUCGCAGCUUGGCUCCUCUAACAUCACUCUCCUUGUACCAGGCGGGACGGACACCGGCAUAGCUGCCGCGAUUGUCGCCUACUCCACCUUCAUCCUGGUCCUCGGCGUGCCAGGGAACAGCCUCAUCCUCCGCGUUUACUGGAGCAAGCGACACAAAUCCAGCACUCAUAUUCUCAUCAUGGCACUCGCCGCGACUGACCUGCUUGUCUGCUUGCUUCGUCCGUACGAGAUCACGCGGUUCACCCUGGCUCUUGCCGGGGUUAGCGUACCGGAGGGACUUGACGAUCGCUGGAACUGCUUCGAGAACAUGUGCGUUGGAACCUCGGGGUUCAUAACGGCCGUGAUCGCAGUGGAUCGCUACGACUGCGUGUGCCGUCCGCACAGACGCCUUCUAACCAAAGGCCGGAUUAAAGUAGCCCUGCUAGCGGCCGUCGCUUCUGCAGUUGCCGCAAAUGUUCCGCUUUGCGUUCAAGUGGUAAUGGGGCCCGAGGCACCGGCCUCCUUGUAUAUAAUCGUGACCGCUUUCCAAAUGGGUGGUUUCGUUCCUGCGCUUGCCUUGAUAUUCGUUUGCUACGCAAAGGUACUCCUGAGAAUACGUAAGCAUGUCCGAGUCGGUACGAGGUCUCUAGGACGUGCGUUAGGCAUGCGACAUCAAACUGACGCGGCGAGAUCUACGACAAUUGCGACGGUGUCAGCACACGUGGGAUCGCGGCACUGCAACAACCACACGUCAUGUAGCGACUUGGGGUCAGUUUGCAACAAUAGCCUGAAAACUCCAGAUGACUUUCUGAAGAGCAUCGUCUCCCAAUGGUCCUCCUCUUCAAAACUCAGUACGGAGAAUAAAAAUCGGUACCCAGACUUAGGAAAUUCUCCCCAUUCUUCGACCCAGACAACGACAAAUGACCGCAGCGCACGCAGCGCGACGUCGUCCACACGGCCACCUAGGGUGCCAACCUCCGAACGCAGGCAAGCGUCUUCAAUGGCGUUUCAACGCAAAACCACCACAAUGCUCUUCGUUGUAACGCUAGUGUUUGUUAUAUUGUGGAUUCCGUAUUGGAUCGCUCUAGUGUUUGAUAUCGUGGGUGCCGACAGGCCGUUCGUUCUUAACGCGUUCGUGUUCGCCCUGUAUCUGAAUAGCGCCAUUAAUCCCGUCAUCUACGGUCUGGCAAAUAGACGGUUCCGGAAAGACUGCAAAGCUAUCCUCUGUAGAAUGAGAUAAUUUCUUACUAACCCUGGUUGCGGCUAAUUUCUUUCGGCUCUCAUUGGAUAGAUUCUGCCAUGCACCGACGUAAUUUUCAACAUUUUGUGUUGUAAGUUCACCAUCAGUAUUGUACAGUUUAGGCCAAUUAUUGUACCACUGCCGUCAUUAAGUGCCAAAAAUUCCUUUUCAAGCAAAAUGUUGUGGGACAUAAAAUGGUUUAUUACACGACAUUUAACAAGAAAUGUGAUUGAUUUAGAGAGGGGUUUGAGUCAAUAAAGGAAUGUAAAUCAUUAGAAAAUUUUCAGCAUAUAUAAUAGUACUCGUAAAAAACGCUAUUACUACUUCAUCGUGAGCUAAACUACUAUUAAUAAUUAGUGUAAUUUUAACACUACUAUGAGUUGAACACAUACAAAAUCUUUACAAGUGUUUUCGUAUUAAAACAGGUACUAAGAGUAAAAUGAUAACAAUUGAAUUAAUGUAAUAAAUAGUUCAAAUAUUUGACGUGUCCACAACCAAUCGGAAAUUUCGUGUGCUAAUAUUUUCGUAUCCAGUGAAAUGUACUAUGACAUUACGAUAAUUAUUCAAAUUGGCACGAAAUGAAUAUCUCCAAACGAACGUUCUUUAGCAGAAAAAAGUCCUCUUUUGGUACAUUGCGUAACUUAAAAAAUUUUCAUGUACCAAUACUUCCAAAAGUCUAAGAACUAUUUGCUAUAACAUUUUACAGUUUGUACAACUUAAAAUGAGUAAUGUCCAAGUUAAUACAUAUAAUAGGUAU